CGGCACCGACGCCAGCAGGUUGGCAGUGGCUGCUGCCGCAGUAACGAGGGAGCGGCCGACCCUCGGCGACCCGGGACAUAGCCAAGCGACUGUAGUGCCCUGUUCGCCUAGAGAGGUGGGCGGGCGGGUAGGGAUUAUGGCCAGAGCCGGCAUGGAGCGGUGGCGCGGCCGGCUGGCCCUGGUGACUGGAGCCUCGGGGGGCAUCGGCGCGGCGGUAGCCCGGGCCUUGGUCCAGCAGGGACUGAAGGUGGUGGGUUGUGCCCGCACCGUGGGCAACAUUGAGGAGCUGGCUGCUGAAUGUAAGAGUGCAGGCUACCCCGGGACUUUGAUCCCCUACAGAUGUGACCUGUCAAAUGAGGAGGACAUCCUCUCCAUGUUCUCAGCUGUCCGCUCUCAGCACGGCGGUGUGGACAUCUGUAUCAACAAUGCUGGCCUGGCCCGGCCCGACACCCUGCUCUCAGGCAGCACCAGCGGUUGGAAGAACAUGUUCAACGUAAACGUGCUGGCUCUCAGCAUCUGCACAAGGGAGGCCUACCAGUCCAUGAAGGAGCGGAAUGUGGAUGAUGGGCACAUCAUUAACAUCAACAGCAUGUCUGGCCACCGAGUCCUACCCAACUCCAUGACCCAUUUCUAUAGUGCGACCAAGUACACUGUCACCGCACUGACUGAGGGAUUGAGGCAAGAGCUUCGGGAGGCCCAGACCCACAUUCGAGCCACGUGCAUCUCUCCAGGUGUGGUGGAGACACAAUUUGCCUUCAAACUCCAUGACAAGGACCCUGAAAAAGCAGCUGCUACUUAUGGAAUCAUGAAGUGUCUCAAACCUGAGGAUGUGGCUGAGGCUGUCAUCUAUGUUCUCAGCAGCCCCCCACAUGUCCAGGUAAGUCUGGCUUUGACUUUCCACCCGCUGGAGGAGCCCAACUAUCCCCACAGGAGGGGAGCAGGGAGGCCUUAAGGGGUGGGGAAUGUCCUGGCUGCCCCAAGCCUUGUGCCUUCCACAGAUUGGAGACAUCCAGAUGAGGCCCACAGAGCAGGUGGCCUAGUGUCCUGUGGGGAGCUCUUCCUUCCCUCCCUACUCCUCAUGGUUUGGCUCCUACCUCUGGAUUUUAGGUGUUGAUUUCUGAACCCCUGGAUCCUACUUUAUGUUUCCACCCCAAGGGCUAGAAAGUUUGAGGUUUUAAUAUUAUCUUGUCAAAUCAUUUCCACUGCAAAUGUGAAAAAAAUGGGCUAAGGAGAGGAGGUGGGGGCCCUGAUUGCUUUACCUAUUGACAUGCUCUGGGUUUCCUUCUUGGUCUCCUUGGCCUUUGCUCUCCUCAGUCUUCCCUUUGACCUAGCAAAGGAGAUAUGGCCAAAAGCGGGGCUUUCCCAUCUUCUUGCACCCCAACCUCUGCCCUUCACGGUUGGGGUGGCAGAGAGAGACCCUCAUCUUACAUUUGAAUGGUUAUCCAGGGCUCCAGGCUUCCUUCUCUCCCUGCCCUGCUGCUCCCCCUCUCCCUCCCCUUCCCAAAUCUCCAACGCCAUCUAGGUUUCUGGGCUUCCGGUGGGGCCAUCACUCCACUCUGACUGUGGCAGCAGAACACCAGGGCCUGGCUCCCAGUAGAUUUCACUGUUGUAAUUAAAAAAGGAAAAUCACAGCCAGUCUGAGCUUCAGGAAUGUCUUUCAAUUCUUUCUCCUUCUCUGUGAUCCAAGUGGUUUGUGUCUCUGAAUUUCUUCCACAUGGGUGGAUGUGGGACAUCACUUCUGGACUAUGGAUUACUUUAGGGAGCAGGAACAGGUUGGGUUGGGUUUUGAAAAUGGAGAGGAGUUUGCUAAAGACAAAGAAGGCAAACAGGGUGUGUGAGGUUGGGAGGCCUGCUAGAAUGUGCAGUGCUGUGUGAAUAGCACACUAAAAACUAAGUACAGGCUGGGUAUGGUGGUGAGCACCUGUAAUCCCAGCAACUCCAGAGGCUGAGGCAGGAGGAUGACAAGGUGGUGGUCAGCCCUAAGCAACUCAAUGAGACCCUGUCUCAAAAUAAAAAAUAAAAAGGGCUGAGGAUGUGGCUCAGUAUCAAAACCAAAACCAAAACAAUAACAACAACAACAACAAACUUAGUGCAGGAGCAAGAUGGGACUGAAUGAAUACAUGGGAGGCUGAGGCAGAAAAAUAAUGAGUUUGAGACCAGCUUGGGCAACACAGCAAGACUCAAAAAUAAAUGAGAAUAAAAAAAAAAAAAAUAAAGGGUUGAAAAGGUGUUUGCUAGACCACUAGGGAUCUGAGCACUGAGCAAAGGAGUCCAGCCAUUACCUGCAGGCCAAGGGCAUCAGUUGGGCCAGUCAGCAGGGACAGGAGAGGCCGAGAUAUCACUUGGGAAGAGAAUGAGUGGCCAAGGUUUGGAAGUAUGGUUGGGGUCCUACCUGAAGUCUGACAAGGAGAAGCCUCUGGAAAAAGCCCCCAAAUAUGAUGCGCCUGGAUGUGGGGAG